CUGGUUUUCAGCAUGAUGUACCGUUCAAUAAAUGACUGACUGAGAAACACGACAUACAAUUUGUGCUUCCAGCGACAAACGGAAAUUUGUUCAGGAUACUAUGAUGGAAACUGAACACAUUACUUUUCUCAAAACGCAAUAUGGUCCCUGUAGGGCCUUCCUUUUCGCGGCAAGCAUUGUCAUUCUCAAGUUUAACCUGAUUGAUCCUCGUUCCGCGAUAGUAUCCAAUGGCUUGCAACCGUGACACACCUUUUAAGAGAGAGAUAUGGAUGGUAUAAACAGCCACGAUAUACUCACCACUAGUUGCCUACUGCCAAUUGAGCCUCUUUUUUUACGCCAUGGCGUACCACGUCCCAUGACGUCACGAUUUCGUUCGGCCUCCUAAACCGUCAACUGGCGCGACGCUCACUCGAACACUGGAAUCAUACCCUUCACUUCAUCAUGCCACCAAAAAGAAGAGCAGCCGUCGGCACGCAACAGAAGAUCACUGACUCUGGUCUUAAAACUUCCAAAAAGCGAAGAGUCAUUCAAAAGCCCAUCGAUUUGACCAAAUCACUGGUUAAACCGGAAAAGAAAGCGCGCAGUACAUCCCCUAUUGAAGACAUUGCACCCAUUGCCGAUGACGAUGAACUUCAGAAAGAAGACGAGAUAGUGCACACUGGAAUAGAUGACGACCUUGAAAUUCGCAAGCGCCAACAGCCUGCUGCAAAGCCCAAAGUGAUAGAAAUUCAUACCAAGGAUCAGUCCAAGGAGGAUAAAGUUCUACGCGCUUUCGAUUUGAAUUAUGCUUACGGAUCGUGUGUUGGCAUUUCACGUUUGGAACGAUGGCAACGAGCGGAUAAGUUGGGGUUGAAUCCACCCCAGGAAGUCAAAAAGCUACUUGCUGGCAAGAAUGCUGACAAGGAAGACGUUAAAGAAUGUCUAUUCCAUGGUCGUGUUUAAGCCUUCAUACCACGUUUUCCACUGUUUUUUUCUAUAAGCGUUAUUCAGUAAUACACCUCUUUAUUAAAACCACUUUUUGCAAAACACCAGUUGCUUUAUUUCUUCGAUUUUCCCG